GAACAGAAUGUUUCUUUUGUUUCUAUAACAGACCUAUGCUGACACGGUCGGAACCGCGCCUCCGCGUACCCACUCGUGGAGAGGCGCCUCCCAAGUCCUAUCAUGGCUCAAGGAGUUGCGGGUGAAAAUCUCACUCGCCUCACCGCUACGCGGAACCCGCAAGCAGUUUCACUGACGAGCUUAAUUCCAGACACGGGUCAGACUAAAAGACAAUGGCGCACAACCUUGAAGGCGUGGCCUCUCUUAGGCGAGAAGCAAGUUUGCAUUUAUUUGCAGUUUUUUUUUUUUCUCUUUCCCUACUGGACUCCCUCGCGUGAUAUGUGCGCAGGACAAUUUUCGAGCGAAACAAUAACUACUACGAAAGCCCCUGUAAUGCGGCAUAAGAAUGCGUAAACGUCACCUCCGGUUCGCAGGUGCUUGAAGGUAGGGAUAUUCCGCUGACGGCAGCAAAAGGGAAAGGAACAAUUCACUUUUAAGAGUAACUGUAAGGACAGUUCUUUUCUAGCCGGAGCAGCGAAAAAGAUAACUCGUGGUUGUUGCGGGAUCUAUUCGAGCAUGCUGUAGCGAAAGCAGGACCUCUCACUGAAUUUUCCAUUUUGGUUUUAAGCUGUUAGAACAUUACCACGGGUCCGUGAAGAGAAGUCUCUCUGGUGGACCGAACUUGUGCCUUAUGACAACUCUGCUUUAAAGAAUAACAACAGAAGUCACCCAGCCAUGAAUUCUAACGCGGGAACCUUCACCAUCAACGUUAACAAGACCAUGAGCUGGAACCCCAUUACGCUUGUAACUCAGGUCCAAGAAUGGGGCGACCCAAGGACGCGCGAUUACCCGCUAGUCAUGAACCCCAUGUUCGUCUUCCCACUCAUCAUGUUCUACCUCUACUUUGUGAAGGUUCUCGGCCCACGCUGGAUGAAGGACCGGCAACCAUUCGAGAUAACUAAUCUCAUCCGCUUCUACAACCUCGCGAUGGUGGUACUCAAUGCCAAGUUUUGCUACAUUGUGCUGUACGAGACGUACCUGCCCACUGGCCGCUACAAUAUUUGGUGCCAGGGCAUCACCGGCUACAUGGACGAGCGACUGGAAGAACAAUACCGCAAUGGGUGGUGGUACAUAGCCGUGCGGUACGCCGACCUUCUGGACACCGUCUUCUUCGUGUUGCGUAAGAAGUUCAACCAGAUUACGCAUCUGCACGUCAUUCACCAUACCAUCGUGGCGGUAAACUGCUGGUUCUGGGUUCUCUACGCCCCCGAAGGUCAACCGGCGCUAGGCCUGGCCAUAAACGCGUUCGUGCACGUGGUCAUGUACACGUACUACUUCCUGGCCACCCUGGGACCCACGGUGCAAAAGUACCUGUGGUGGAAGAAGUAUCUCACAACGCUGCAGAUUGUGCAGUUUGUCAUCUUCCUCGUACACAUGUCGAUUCCCCUGUUCGUAGACUGUGGCUUCCCGCGCCACCUCAUCCAUGUGGCGAAUGCGCAAACCGUGCUGGUGCUGAGCUUGUUCGUGAACUUCUACAUCAAGUCAUACAUGCGGGAAAAGGAGAACACAGCCUUGAGAAGGGCAAAGGCAGCGGCAAAGUACGAGGGAACAGCAAGCGGAGACGUUCGGACCGACACGCCAGCGAACACCGGAAACGGCAAAAAAAUUAACUGAUUUCGGACUGUAUUAAGAGACUUAGUUUUACAUUAGCAUGUACUGCAAGAAAAUGUAGCAGGCGAAAAGGUGAAGCAAGUUGGCGAAAUGUGCCUAAACUUCUUCGAAAAUUAUAGACAUCUGCUCGCAUGUCCUGAGCCGCUGCAGGAUAUCACGCGGAGGCUGUGUGGUACUUUUCGAACACUAAGGCUGUACAACGUGAGCGCACGAGUUACGUUACCCUCCGGCGCUUCGAGUCAGUAGUGUCGUGAAGAUCCUGUCUAGGCUUUGGUGACGAACAAUGUGCGCAAUGGAAAAAAGUUUUUUUUUGGCACUAGCCGGACUUUUAUAAGACAGUGUUUCACAUUCUCGCAGGUGCCGCGGAAACAUUUCACAAACUAAAGAUGAUUCCGAGUACCUUCAGUUUGAAACUCAAACUCUGGGAGAGGUGGCAUACCUCUGUAACGUAAUAAUAACACAGUUACAGAACUGAGCGUGAUAACGAGUGGUUGCUCGUUCUACUUCGCUCAAUGUGUCAUCACUAUUCUCUCUCUGUCGAUGCCGAUACGCAUCAGAUAUGCAUGAGCAUGGUUGUGGCGCCGGUACACGACGAGCUUAAUGCCUCUCGGCCUCUGCAGAGCGAUUCAAUCCUCCGAAUCUUCGUCCGGGGCCUUAGGCGUAAGUAGAGUCAUGCUGUGCGUGUGUCUAAGCGCCAGCUUAGCGAGAUUAAAGGAAGUUGCAGGGUUUCACGUCCGUUUUAUAUGUUACAAAAACACGCCGCACUUACUUGUUCUCUGACUCAUCAAACACCUGCGCCGCUGCGCCGCCCCCGCAGUUACGCGACUACGUCGACACCACUUAGACGCAACAGCGCCGCCCUCCAGUCCCCCAUCCGCCCCCUCCUCUCCAAAAAAGAAGAAAAUAAAACGCUUGUCUCCACACUG